AUGUUUUGUAAGUUGAGUCAUCAGGAAAAACAACUGGAGCAUGUUCUUUUUGGCACGGAUUAUAACAUAAAAAAAAGAGAGAGAAAUAAGCCUUUUUUAUUUGAAAUUGACAAAGUCGGCUCGGACCUACUAGCUGAACAUACUGACUGCAAAGUUAAAGAGAGUGUAGAUGUAAAUGAUUUAAAUAAUUAUUCAAAGAAGCGCGCACCAGCUUGGCAUGAUGAGGACGAUGAAAACGUUACUGUUUCUCUUACUUCUCAAGAUAGGUUGCUAAAACUAAAAAAAAAUGAACUGGAAACAAAGAUUAGUGGACCAGAAUUUAUUAAAAGACUUCGCAAACGUUUUAAAAGUUCAAACAAGAACAAUAAAUGGAGUAAAAAUGUGGAAGAAGCGGAUGCUGCUUCUAUCUUAACUUGGGCUGGUGCACUACUUGAACAUAAAACCAAAAAGAUUGCGGCUAAUAUUCUUGAAGUCAGCAGGGUAAAAGAUGGUAACGUUCAAGAAAGAAGUCAAGCAGUUAUUCAAGCUUUGCAGUUUCAUCCAAGCUCUCAGUUAUUAAUGACAGCUGGCCUGGAUAAAACCAUACGGCUGUAUAACGUCGAUGGAAGAGUUAACGAACUGAUUCAAAAAAUGCAUUUUAACAACUUUCCCAUAUAUUCCUGCGGGUUUAGCUGGGAUGGCUCUAAGCUUUUUUGCUCAGGUAGAAGAAAGUUUUUUUAUGUCUAUGAUCUUGGUCAGCAGAGAGCAGUCUGCGUUCCUGGCCUGCAAGGCAGAAAAGAAAAGUCGUUAAAGUCUCUUUUUGUCUGCCCUGUCUCCAAAAAUCUUGUGUUUCUGGGCGCAUCAGGUAACUUGUUACUGGUUGAUGCAAACUCCAUGAGAUUAAUUCAAACUUUAAAAAUGAAUGGCACUGUUACAUCUCUAUCCUUAAGCAAGGACGGCUCUUAUAUGUACUCAUUUGGAGGGGACGGCGAGGUUUACGUCUGGGACCUUUCCCGUCGAGUUUGCAUCCACAAAUUUAGGGAUGAAGGUUGUUUGAGUGGAACAGCAGUGGCAAACAGUGGAAGAUUUAUCGCGUGCGGCUCAAGAUCGGGCAUCGUCAACAUCUACGACAGUGCUGCUUGCAUGAAGACGGCAACUCCGAAGCCGUUGAAGUCUGUGUUGAACUUAACAACCCGAACGGAUAUCCUUGCCUUCAACCACGACUCACAAAUCCUGCUUAUGGCUAGUAGAGCUCAACGGGAUCACCUGAAGCUGCUGCAUACGGGCUCCUUAAGCGUGUUUUCUAAUUGGCCCACUGCAUCAACACCUUUACGCCACGUGCAUGCCUCCUGUUUUUCCCCCAACAGCGGGUACUUGGCUAUAGGAAACGAUCGAGGACAUGCACUGUUGUACCGCCUGAGCCACUACGACGUCAGCUAGGCCGGCGCCUCCAUUCAUAUUAGUGUACACUGAGCCACUUAGAAAAAGGGAUUG